GCUGGAAGCAGCAGGCUGACUGAGCUCUGGAGUGCAGAGAGUUGCUAAUAAGAAUACACAUGGCAUGGAAUAGAGUCACCACCUAUCCUUGUCUGGCAGUCUCAAUUUUGCUGCUAGCAGUGUUUUUUCUUUCACUUUCCUGGAAUAAAGUAGAAUUUCAAAGAAUCCUGUUCCCCCAACAGACAGAGGUCAUUGAGAAAAUACUGACUGAAACUGUGACAAACCUGAGUUCACAGGUUUCGGCACAAAAUGAACAAGAAGAGAUACUUAUCUUAGUUUGGGUCUGGCCCUAUGGAGAACAUUUUCCUUUGGAUAUCUGCCAUAGUGCUUAUGGAAUUACUGGAUGCAGGAUGACAGCUGAUCGGAAUCUAUAUAAUGUUGCUGAUGCCGUAGUCAUGCAUCAUGUAGACAUUAUGUAUAACCGAAAUUCAUUACCCAAGAAACCAAGACCUUAUUUUCAGCGUUGGGUCUGGUUCAACUUGGAGCCCCCAUUGAUCAUCAGAAACCUGAAUUUUCUAGACAACCUUUUCAACUUGACAAUGACGUUCCGUCAGGAUUCUGAUAUCUACAUACCAUAUGGUAGAAUUGAAACCUUGAAGGAGCCCAAGGACUUCGCCAUUCCAGCCAAGUCCAAGUUAGUUUCUUGGGUAGUCAGUAAAUGGUACACUGGCGCACCUCGUGUUACAUAUUAUGAGGAAUUUAAAAAACACAUCCAGAUAGAUAUCUAUGGUAGACGACACACUGAACUGAAAAAUGAAGAUCUCCAUAAAACUAUAUCCCAGUAUAAAUUUUAUCUGUCAUUUGAGAAUUCUAUUUACAAGGAUUAUAUAACAGAGAAAUUCUGGUCAAAUGCAUUAAAUUCAUGGUCUGUACCAGUCGUGUUGGGACCAUCUCGUUUGAACUAUGAGCGUUUUAUACCUGGAGAUGCCUUUAUUCAUGUAGAUGAUUUUUCCAGUCCUAAGGAACUGGCUGAAUAUCUUCUUGAACUGGACAAGGAUGAAGAUCGAUACAAGAAAUAUUUUAACUGGAGAAAAUAUUAUCAAGUAAAGAUAGAGGGCGGGUGGCCUUUCUUUUAUUGCAAAGCCUGUUGGGCACUGAAACAGAACAGAGAAUACCAGGCAAUUCCUAGUGUGGCCAAAUGGUUUCUAGAACAUGACAAACCAUAG